GUUCGAGACCAACUUAAGAACCUGUUUGCAAACUGUAGUAACUAGAAUUGAGGUUUAAGCUGAAAUGGUCCAGAAUCAUACAUACACCUUCUAACUUUGACAGCUAGUGUGUUUAUUUUAAGUCUAGAUGGUUUAAUUGGUCUGGAAUACCAACUUUCCCAACUUGCCCAAGGUUUCAGUAAUAUGGAUCUCAACAGUUUUUGUGGCUACAUUGAUGAGCCAGCCUGCUACUGAAACAUCAGUAUGUUAAAAAAGUAGUUUAGUCAGAUAAAGUAACUCAUUAUUAUCCAUACCGUUAAACCACAGGUAGUGUAGCAAUCCAUUAUCGUGUUAGUCUUCAGAAUAACUUAAGCUUGUUUCGUUAACUGAGAGUAAUGAGUAUAGUUUAAAAUUUAUUGCUUUUCCGCCUUUUCCCUCUCCUUGUUUUUUGGCCAUAUAUCUCCGUUACCCAUGUACUGGAUCGACUUGCCCCUGCGUUGCCCACCAUGACGUUGGCCCAUCUGCCCCUGAACGCUAAUGUGAAAACCCUGGUUGGCUAUGCCCAAAAAUGUGCCCAUUGCCAAAUGGGUACCAUACUUGACAACUUCUGGUUGAAUGCCCAUGCCCAAUGCCAACAUCCACGAACGCCAAUGACCAAUGCAGUACAAUGCAAGUGUUUCAGUCCCAGACAGCAGUGGCCCUGAGCGAAUCUUGAGUAUAAGUGCAGAUACAGAGACAAUUGGAGAAAUCUUGAAGAAGAUUAUCCCUACUUUAGAAGAGUAUCAGCACUACAAAGGUAGCGACUUUGACUGUGAAUUAAGGCUUCUAAUUCACCAAAGUCUAGCAGGAGGAAUUAUUGGUGUCAAGGGUGCUAAAAUCAAAGAACUCAGAGAGAACACUCAGACCACCAUUAAGCUCUUCCAAGAGUGUUGUCCUCAUUCCACUGAUAGAGUGGUGCUUAUUGGUGGAAAACCUGAUAGAGUUGUGGAAUGUAUAAAGAUUAUCUUGGAUCUUAUCUCUGAGUCUCCAAUUAAAGGACGGGCCCAGCCUUAUGAUCCCAAUUUCUAUGAUGAAACAUAUGACUAUGGUGGCUUCACAAUGAUGUACUAA